CUCGAUAAGGCAGGAGUCAGUCAAUCAGUCACCUGCCUUGGUCCUGCUGAUGAGCUGGAGCUCACGACCUCCAUCCCCAACCCUCGCAUUGCCCGCUUACUAUUAUCUUACCUUUUGGGCUCAUUGACUGGACUUUUCUCCUUCUUCCUCUGCUUUCCAUUCGAGCAUUGUUCGUCACCUUAUCCGAUAGACCGCACGCUUCGUCACGAAGCAACCUCGGGCGCAAUGCCCACCAACGAUGGGGAGCCGAGCUCUCCCGCCGACGACCGCCUCUCCAUCCACAGCGACCCCUUCACCGAGUCCGUCUCGGACAGCGAUACGUCGUCCUAUGCCGUCCGCCGCCGUGAGCUCCGCAAGAAGUACGCCAUCCGCAUGGUGGCCUUCAUCGUGGCCAACGCCUUUGCGCUCUGCGCCGGGUCCAACAUGGUCUUCUCCAUGUAUGCGCCGCUCUUCCAGUCGAGACUGCACUACACGCAGCUGCAGGUCAACGGCGCGGCGAUUGCCAGCUCCAUCGCGCUGUACCUCCCCAUCUCUGUCCUCGGCUUCCUCUGCGAUCGAUACGGUGCGCCGCCGCUGGCGCUGGUCUCGGGCGUGCUCUUUGGGCUGGGCUACGGCAUCGCGGCCACCAUCUACCAAAAGUUGGACGAGGAGUACCGCACAGUCGGCAAACCCCACGCCAGCGCGGACAAGACGUACCCUCUCAUGGUGUUUGCGUUUGUCUGCAUCGGUGCGGGCACCUGCGCGGGGUACAUGGCGAGCGUCUCGACUGUUGCCAAGAACUUUGGCAAGGGCAAGUAUCGCGGUCUCGCACUGGCGACCCCGAUCACCUGCUUCGGGUUGAGUGGCAUGUGGUUGAGCCAGGCAGGCACCAAGGUCUUUUACGAGGAGCUGCCGGAUGGGACGAAGGGCGACGUCGACGUGUACCGCUUCUUUGUGUUCCUGGCGUUGCUGCUGUUCAGCAUGGGGGUCAUUGGCACAUUCACCCUCCACGUGGUCGACGAGGAGGAUUUGAUUGACGAGGCGAUUGAGGAGUUGGAGCACAGUGGGCUGUUGGAUGGAGGAUCGCUGCUCGGCCGGUCCGAGAGGCACAACUACGGUGUUGUUGACGCUGCGACGCCGGCCGGCGAGGCCGGCAACCCCUUUGGCGAUGCUGGGAACGACGACGACGACGACGACAACAACGCCAAGUGGAAGAAGAACUGGGUCUUGAAUGCCGAGACGAGGCAGUUCCUGAGCGAUCACACCAUGUGGCCGUUUGCUCUGGCCUUCUUACUGAUGAUCGGACCUGGCGAGGCCUUUAUCAAUAACCUGGGCACGGUUCUGGGCACCCUAACACCUUCGGUCGCAUCAAGACUGGAUCACACUUCGGCCGCCACACAUGUCUCCAUCUUCGGCAUCACCAGCACAAUCGCCCGUCUGCUCAUCGGCACAAUGACCGACCUCCUCGCGCCGUCUCCCAAGACCCAGCAUGUGCAAAUGGGCCCGGGUCGGCCUUCGUCGCCGCUGGGGCGGAUCACCGUCUCGCGCGUGGUGUUCAUGCUCUUCUUUGCCGUGCUCAUGUCGAUUGGCCUUCUGUUCCUCGCCUCGGGCGCCGCGCAGAACCACACGGACCGUUUCUGGGUCGUCUCAGGCCUGGUUGGUGCCGGCUACGGUGCCAUCUUCAGUCUGACGCCUCUGAUCGUGACCAUCAUCUGGGGCGUUGAGAACUUUGCGACCAACUUUGGCAUCAUUGCAACAGUCCCCGCCAUCGGCUCUGUCGUGUGGGGUUCCAUCUUCUCGAGCGUGUACCAGGCCGGUGCCGAUGCCAUGCAAGUCGGGCCGGGUCAGGAGGACGACGACGUCUUCUGCUACGGCAAGCAAUGCUACAGCCCGACGUUUUGGGCCGAGGGCAUCACGGUGCUUGUCGCGUGCGGGCUGCUGUGGUGGGCCUGGAAAGGCAAAGGUGGCUGGCAACAGCGUGGCAUUGUCAUAUGAAAAGCUUGCGCAUAUGAUUAUUCUUUUGUCAUUUUGGGACUGGAUCAACACGUAUCACGGCGUUAGGUCUACAUGAACACACACACGUAUGGUGUUUGGCGUAUCGGGUACAAUGUAGUGCGCACCCGUUCUGUUUAACUGGGUUCAACGACGUACAGCAUGGAAUCACAUCUGCUUUUAGAAUCAUCUGCGACUUUCAAUUACAACACAUCCCUUUGUGG